UAAGGCGCAUCGCGAGUUCGCGACCUGCCGCCCAUCGCGCCUGCCGCCCGCACCCAGCGGCCGGCGCCGCUGCCCCGCGACCGGCCUCCGCACCUCCGCGGCCCCUUCCUGCUGGCCUGCUGCACCUCCUCCGCUCGCGCUGGCCGCUGCUUCCCUGCUCCUUGCUCUCCCUCGCGGCCUCGCCUCGGAGUGCCAAGCAGCCGCCGGAAGAGGCCGGAGCUAGGGUUUCGGCCAAAAAUCGCUGUGGCCAGGGCGCCGGUCGGUUCGCCGUCUUCAUCUCUCUCAUCUCAUUCAGUGGUUUCGACCAAAAAUUUGACCAGGACUGCUGGUUCCGCCACUGAUCGAAUCCCCCCCCCAACCCCUUUCCUUCCGCCGCAAGCCGCCGCCGGCCUCGCGCGCGCGAUGGGAUCCACGUGCCUGUCCUGCGGCGAGAGCGCGGUGAUCCCGGACCCGGACUCCGGCGUGCUCGUCUGCACCUCCUGCGGCGUCAUCGACGAGGCCGGCGCGGCGGAGUUCGUCCACCAGGCCACCUUCACCGACUCGGGCGGCCUCGACCUCCGCGUCUCCUCCCUCGUCCGCAACAGCUCCGACUCCGCCUACCGCGACCAGAAGAUCGCCGGCGCCACCGCCGCCAUCACCUCCAUCGCCACCCGCCUCGGCCUCUCGCCGACCCGCGCCGAGGAGGCGCUCCGCAUGGCCAAGUCCGCCACCGACGGCCAGCUCGCCACCCCGGGCUCCGCCUUCCUCCCCGCCCUCGCGGCCGCCUGCUCCCUGCUCGUCGCGCGGUCCCACCGCCUCCCGCUCUCCCUCGCUGAGGCGGCGGAGGCCGCGUUCUGCUCCACUCCCGCACUCGCCGACCUGGUCUCCCGCGUCGCCGCGCAGCUGUCCCUCCCUCCCCUCCCAUGCUUCGACUACGCCGCCGCGCUCGAUCGGGCCGUGCACCUGUCACCCUCACUCACCGCCGCCGCGGGCGAGAAGACCGAGGCGAUUCUCGCACAGGCCCGGUUCCUCCUCCGCUGCGCCUCCAAGUGGUCGCUCACCACAGGACGGUACCCGCUCCCCCUUGUCGCGGCGCUUGUGGCCUUCUCUGCUGAGGUGAACGGGGUUACCUCUCUUUCUGUGGAGGACAUUGCUCAGGACCUCUCGGCCGGAAUCAGGACCAGCCUCCGUCGAUACAAGGAGCUCGUUGAUGCGCUGGUGCAUGUCGCACGGCAGCUGCUUCCAUGGGGCGCCGACGUCAAUGCGAAGAACCUGCUCCUCAACUCGCCAGUCCUACUCCGGCUCAUGGAGAUGAAGUCACAGUCAGAUCCCUCUGAAGAAUUUCUUGAGAGCUUUGCUCCGAACAUCACUGGCAUUGUGCAGGCAUACUCUUCUGUUGAUGAUGACGAGUCCAAGUACCUUCAGAUUGCUCCCGUGGGUGCUGAUGAUUUCGAUUUCGAUAAUUUUGUGCAAGAGGAGAAAGAAUUUGAGGAUCAGAAGAUCACAGAGAAGGGUCUAUCAGAUGCUUACCAAAAUGUCUUAAACAGGCUUGCCCAGCUACAGAAACUUGGGAAGGUCAGUAAAGGUAGUGACAAGAGGAAGCUGUGGAAAGGAAGACUGGAGCUGGAGCCAUGGAUGGACAGUGUGGAUGAUGGUUGGAAAAGGGACAUGCAACUUGAGGAUGUGGUGGAUAUUGACAUUGGAUAUGAUGCACCUCCACCAUCGUUUACUGCUGGAAUGAAAUUGAAGAAGAAGAGGAGAGCCCGUAUUGAAGCUGCUAAGCAGCGAAUUGAUGCGAUUAGGAAGGCCCCUGCUGCUCCAGCUGCAAGCACCAAUCAUUCACAGCCUGGUGUAAGAAAUGAAGAUGUCUGUCCGCCACAAAAAUUGGCCAAGAAGAAACGCGGGGGGAAGAGGAUGGAUGACAUAGAUCGAAUCUUUCUCGAUGACAAUUUGGCAGAGAUGCCAGAUAGUCCAGAUGGCAGGAAGAAGAGACAAAAAAGAGGUUGCUGUGAAAGUAUUGAUUGGGAAGAUUGCAUUAUUGAACUCCUGCUAUUACAUGGUGCAAACGAAGCAGAGAUAGAACAAGGCCAGUACAGAAGAUUGUUGGAGUUGCAUGUAUUCAGUGCAGUAAGUGGAGGAAGAUUGAAAAAUGGUGAUGCAGCAUCUCAAGUCUUCAGUACAUGACCACAAUUUUGCUCAAUGAACAUAGUUAAUUUGUAAAUCAAUAUCCAUCAGACAUGCGAGAAGGUAAAUCAGAGAGGGAGAAGAGAACCAGGGAAGGGAAGGAACACUUGGUGCACGGUGCACCUGAUAAGUGGUGACAACGCAAUUGUUUCUGCAGGGUCUUUAGAAAUCAGGUGUGUUUAUUACCUGUUACUUCCAGGUUUGAGUUGUGCCUUUUACUUAAUUGGCCUCUUCAGUCUGCUGCUUUGAUCUGGACACAGCUGCAAUUAAUUACACAUGGAGGUUAUACCUUGACAGCAUGGAAUCAGCAAUCAGGAAUAGGAGGCAACGGGCAGAUUAAGGUAAGGACCAAUUACAGGCACAAUUCUUGGUCUGAAUCUUCCAUUUUGAAGCAAGUAUUGGCUUGUGUUAAUUCUGUUCCACAGUUAUAACUUCUCUGGUAUUCCCCUCAAAAAAAAACUCUGGUAUUCAUUGUGAUGUUGGAGCUGACUUGCUAUUUGGAGCUUCUUGAAGUCAGCUGGAUGAAGAAAUAAUCAUCAGCGUUGUCAGGCCCUCUAGUGGUUGAAGGCAGUGCAGACUUUUCUGAUCUCCCCAUCGUUUCCGGUCUUCACUCCCAACCGCCCAAGCUUGAUCAUGGCGGCAACAAAAGCAUCAAAGAACUCCUUCUGGUUCCCGGCGAACUUGU